AUGGUGACGCAGACGUUCUGCAACUUGGCGGCCCGCAACAGCAACAUCAGUCGCGAUGUGGCCGAUCUGACCGUCCAUUACUGCCGUGACGCCCUGGCCAACCUGGAAGAAGUCAGCCAUGGAAACGAGGAACGGCGGCGCCAAGCUGAAACGGCGGCCAGGUUUCGCGAGCAGGUGGACACGAGACUCUCCAACUUGUGGGAGAGUAUCGAAAGGGUGAGUGAUCAGGUUCGCCAGUCGGGAGGGGGGAUGGCGGAGGGCACGUUAAAGGGGGUGGAAGAGAGGUUGAGAGAGGUUCUGAGAGAAGACUCUGAGCGGCGGAACAGGGAUAGACUGCAGGACGAGGAGCGGAGGCAGAAGGCCACGAGGAAGGAAGCAGACGCCGCAGAGAGACGGAAGAAGGAACAACAACAGGAGGAAGAGCGUCGGCAGAAGGAGAUGAGAGAGGGAAUGAAGGAGAUGAAGGAGGCGAUGAUGGAGAUGAAGGCAGAAAUGAAGGAGAUGAAGGAUGGGAUGGUAAACCCGAUUGUGGGGAGGUUGAGCGCGGUUUUGCGAGAAGAAUCCGAGCGGCAGAAGAAGGCAAGGCAAGAGGACGCGGAGCGGCGACAACAGGUAGGAAGGCAACGGAGGGAGAUCGGCGACAGAAGGAGGAUGCGCAGAGGAAGGAGGCUGAGGGAGGACGAUCGGGAGGAAAGGGAGAAACAACAGGAGAAGGAGCACCAGCAAAAUGAGGAGGCGCAGAGGAAGGAGGCAGAGGAAGCAGAGCGGGUGGAGAGGGAAAAACAGCAGGAGAUGGCGCGCCUGCAGAAGGAGGAGGCGCAGCAGAAAGAUGCAGAGGAGGCCGAGAGGCAGGAGAGGGAGAAACAGCAUGAGAUGGCGCGCUUGCAGAAGGAGGAGAGGCAGAGGAAGGAGGCAGAGGAGGUAGAGCGGCAGCAGAGGGCGAAACAGCACGAAUUGGACCGCCUGCAGAAGGAGGAGGCGCAGAAGAAGGAGGCAGAGGAGGCCGAGCGGCAGCAGCGGGGCGAAACAGCAGGAGAUGGAGCGCCUGCAGAAGGAGGAGGCGCAGAAGAAGGAGGCAGAGGAGGCCGAGCGGCGGCAGAGGGCGAAACAGCAGGAGAUGGAGCGCCUGCAGAAGGCGGAGCAGUGCCGAGCAAAGAAGAGGGCCAGACUUGCAUCCUACGCGGAACAGCAGCGGCAACUGGAGGCAAAGGCAAAGGCGAUGGCUGA